AAAAACAUUAUUGGAACUUGUGUUGGUAGAGGCAGUGAGGGCGACCUGUGACCAUCAAUAACACACCAUCAUGGAGAAGGAAGUUGUAAACCGCCUCGUUUACUCGAUGAUACAGUUCCUGCAGUCACAGCUUGAAAGAGGUGCAGGAGGAGGCGGCCUUACAGAAGAGGGUGUUGAGAGUGUUGAGGUUGCUGUACAGUGCCUUGAAACUGCCUAUGGUGUGUCACUAUCACAGAGCGACCUAGCAGUGUCCAAGAGCCUUUAUCAGAUAUUUUCAGAUGCCACCAUAGGAGAGCCCAUCCCUGAGAGUGUCACACGCUCAGCCGCACAAAAAAUGGAAACGACACCAAAGGAAGCCACCCCAGAGGAGAAAGCCGAGGCAGAACAACUAAAAAAUGAAGGCAACCAACUCAUGAGGGAUGACAAGUUCACUGAAGCAUUAGAUUGUUAUACCAAAGCUAUUAGUAAGGACUGUUUGAAUGCUGUCUACUACUGCAAUAGAGCAGCUGCGCACAGUAAAUUGAACAACCACCGAGAAGCCAUUGAGGACUGCAGACGAGCAUUAGAGAUUGAACCACAGUACAGUAAAGCUUAUGGAAGAAUGGGAUUGGCAUAUUCAAGUCUAAAUGAUCAAUACCAAGCAAAGGACUGUUACAAGAAGGCAUUGGAGCUGGAACCAGACAAUGAGAGCUACAGAGGGAACCUGGCUAUUGCUGAAGAGAAAAUACAGUCAGAUCCUCAGCAGUCACGACCCAACUCGAUAGGAGGAUUUGGUACUGCAGGAGGUCUACCAUUUGGCUUGGGUAACCUUGCAGGAUUGGGUGGUCCUGGUGGCCCUGACCUCACCAGCAUGCUGAAUAAUCCCGCCCUUAUGAACAUGGCCACACAACUUAUGUCAGACCCCAAUAUGCAAAAUAUGAUGAGCAGCUUCAUGGGGAAUGUUGGAGGUAUGGGUGCAGGUGGUGUUAAUCCUCCCCCAGCUGUAGUACCUCCUCCACCUCCCCCAACAGCCCCUGCAGGUACAGGCACUGGCAUGGAGGCUCUCUUGACUGCUGGGCGACAACUAGCAGAGCAGAUGCAGACCCAGCACCCAGAAUUGGUUGAACAAAUCCGCCAGCAAAUGAAUCGUGGACCAAGCGGCAGUUCAGGAGACUCUCAGGGCAGUAGUAACCAAGACCCGCCGCCACCACAGAGUUAACUGUGCUAUAUAACUCAAGGAUAUAUAGGAUCUCUUAUCUAUUUGUUUUUAGGGGAAAAUUGCAGCCCAUCAAGUGAAGAUGUGUAUGUUGAAGAAUUUUUAUUAUUUUCUUUUGAAAUACAGUACAGUAUUGCAUUUCCCUUGAAGAGAUAGUUAAAGGAGUUUUGUUUUGAUGCUUUUAAGAGGUUAUGCAAGUUUAACAGUAUAAUAAUUGUGUAGACUUUGGCAUAUUUGUCUUAUCCUAAAUUAUAGUGAUGGCCGCAUUUCUAGCAAGAGGUUUAAGAUAUUUUGUGUUGGAAAUAAAAAAUUUUCAUAGAAGAUAAUUCAUUAAAAUAAGACUUUAGUGUUUUGUAAUUCUUUUUCAAGGUUUCAUUAAAUUUACAUGAAUAUCAUAUCUUAAAUUCUUAAUAAAUUGUAAAAAAAUAUCUUAUCUCUCAUUGUCAGAUAUUCCUGCAUAUAUAUUGACACCUGUCACAAUCUGAAUGCCUACUUAGAAGAUACAGUACAGUAUACAUAUAUUAAGGGAUGAAAUAAAUAAAAGUACAGUAAUACCCCGUUUAGCGCUCAGUAUACAUGCCUGGAUAAAGGAGAGCUAUCCAAAACAGCAUUCUAAGGCGGUCAUUAUACCAUUGUAUAUGUGAAAAUGUGUCCCUGAUGACGUUAUUUUUUACCCAUGAGAUAGAUACAGUAUUGUAUUUUAAGGGUACAGGUAUUAAUAAACACAGAUUAUUACAGUAACAUAUACAGGUAUUGUAUAUGCAAAACCAAAGACCCAAUAACUGCCAACUAUAUAUAGGGGGAAAGCCUAAAACUUUCGUUGAUACCCGGUACCCCCAGAGGUCUGACGAUCAGGAGAGGAGCAGCAGAGCUGAAUUUUGUCGUUUUCCGUUAUUUCCGACUUCUUGUGUUAUGCAAUCAUUCCUAAACGCCCCAGUGAUAGUUCCUCUUGUGGUGCUGUGCCCCUCUUUGGGGCUGCUUGAUGUGAUGUGAUAAAGUGUACUGUAAUAAGAGUGGUCUUGGACCAGCAAAGAUUGGUAGAGACUUGAACUUGCCACUUAGACCAUUUCUACCAUCCUCAACACAGGUAAAUAACAGUCUCAAUUUAUGCUUUACAUUGCUUAUUUAAGGCUUAGUAUGCUUGCUUUAUCUUCUUACUUGUCAGUGUGCACAACAAGAUAUAUCGAGGGUAGAUGGGAGUUUUUGGAGGGUGGCUGUUUAUUUAAACCCCUAAAUUUUUCAUAAUAUUAUGAAAUUAAUUGCUUCGAUAAUCGUUGAUUCAUUAACCAACAACUUUUUCCAGUCCUUAUAUAUGUCAGUUAUCAGCUUAUAUCUGUCUUUACUAAUUAUUGAAUAACAUAUACCCUAAACAAUAUUGUAUCAUGAAUGACAGUCAUUUGAUGAAUGAGCGUGAGGCGCAGUGUGUAGGUGGGAGGGAGGGAUGCAGGCGGAUGGAGGUGGAUAUCGUACGGUUCUGUUAUGGUUGAUGCUAAUUCAUCUCUGCAUCCGGAAAUUAUGAUUCAGGUGGCGAUGAGAGAGACUGGUAAGUGGUGAGGAAGUGAUGCGUCUGUCAGUUUCUUCAGUAACACUUUAUUUGCAGCAUUGCCAGAUGCUAUUGAACAGCUGAUAUCUGUCUACAAAAUUGUGUAUAAGUAUAAAUGGGCAACUUUGUAUCCCUUUAACAUUACGUUACAUAGCAUUUUAAAAUAUGGGGUGAGAAAGCAGAAAAGGGGAGUGAUAGGGAGGUGGAGUGGUAACAUGCACAGGGUGUUGGCAAGUGCUCCUCAGUGGCUGAUCUCCAUCCCUCCACCACACACAUUGUGCUUCAGUUAACCACGCACAUUUUUGUCAGACACUAAGACCUACACUUAAUAUAAUGACGUCGUGGUUGUCAUGGCUGAAGCUUUUAUCUUGUUUGCAUUCUUAAAUAAUGGUUCUAACAGUCGAUGUUGUCAAGUUGAAAGCAGCACCAACAUCCGUCUGAUGCUUACCAGCUUCUAAUCGCCUCAACAGUUGUAAUUUUAAUUCCAAGGAAAUACUUUUCCGUGGCACUUUAGAUGCACUAGCAGCAUUAAAACUUGCAGGCCGUUUUGCCAGACAUGAUGAGUAAAAAAUAGUCAAUAAUAUAAAAAAAAUCAGUGAGGCAACAAGAAUGUGUCCACAGUUUAAGCAAAUUUGUACUGUAGACUGUAAACAGAGUGCUUGGCGCUGUUUGGCCGAUUUGCAUAAAAACAAAGAAAGAUGCUCUUUGUAUUUUGUGAGUGUUUGGAGUUGUGACGUUUGACUACAGUAAGUCCACGAUAUAUGUGAAUUCACUUAAAUGUGAAGACCGUAUUCCUACCAGGAAUUCAAUUAAUGCGAGCAAAAUUCAGCCUUUUGCGGGAUGUCACACUCCUUGAUAUGGAUUCCAACCCUGAUGACUCUGCAGAUGUCACUCCAACACCAUCACUCACUAUGUAAACCACCUCCAUCAUCUCAUCUACCCAAGUUGAUGUAUCUGCUUUUAUUGUUACGUACACUGUACUGUACACUUGCUUUAUCUAUUAUUUCGAAUAUAAGAUUGUAUUGAUUUGUUUUAUGGUUUAUUUGUCUUGAAAAUAGGUCUGGAACAUUUUCAUUUUGGGUGAUGGAACGCAUCCUAUUUUUUCCCCUUUUAACUAAUCAUUCGAGAAAUUCGAUUUCGAUUUAUGCAAGGGUUUUCAGGACCGCAUCCCUCGCAUAUAUCGAGGACUUACUGUAAGUACUCUGUUUUCCCCCUAGAGCUCCAAGAUGCAAGCAAGAGUGCUGUAAUAAAACAGCACUAACUGGGGUAUUACUGUAUGCAGUACUGUACUACCUAUGUGCACUCAGAUAAUAUCCUCUUUCUGCACCACACUGUAUACAUAAACAAUGGAGAGAAAAACAAUAUUGCAGGUGAUAAUGAAGCUUGUUCAGUGAGUGUGUCGUGAAUGUGAGUCCCCAGUCCAUGUUGUUUCUAUGGUGAAAGAUUUGUUGUUGGAACUGUGAUGUUUACAUGCAGGAAUUAGGCAAGGUGAGCGAGCCUCCAGUUUUUAUCAGUUUGUGUUACUUGUUAAAUUAAAAUAUGUUUGCUAAUAUUUGUGCUCAUAUAUUCAGGAAGGACCUAAUAGAAGACUUAGUUAAUGACCACAUGUAAUAGUGCAAAUAUCUGAUGCAAGUGAGUGAAUAGAAAUGUAGAGAAUACACUGUUAACACACUGAGGCAUCUGUUGUACAGGACUGAGGUGUAUGAUAUACUGGAAUAACAUUAAAGUAAAAAAAAAAGCAAACCAACUCUCUCUAGCAGGGAUAAGUUUUUCAAUAAAUGUGUUGAAUAAUUAUUAUUGUAGAAAUAAUUAAAGAUUGCCGAGUAGGCAAUUUCCACCUUUUCUAAAAAUAGUAGUCUAUUGAAUCCACAGGAGUUUAUAUAGAUUAUCUUUGUUUCUUUUGUCAUAAAGGUGGAAGGUAUGUUGAAGUUGCAAUAUUCAGGUAGAUGAAAGAGUGAUGUAUUUGUAAAUAGUGAUGCCUAAGGAUAGUCAGCACCUUAGUGAGAUAUUUUCUUGAAAUGCUUACAUUAGUUCUUCACAAGUGACUCAUUCAUCAAUGUUAUAAACUGUAGUGAUUUUCUUUAAAUAAAUAACUAUUUAA